UGGAAGAAAGAAAUGAGGUGGCAUUUGAUAAAGGACAAGCAGUGGGACCAACUAAUAAGAUAGUGUCACAAUUAAGCAACUUUAUAGGAACAAUUGCAAGGAAUCCUAGAUUCAUCAGCUUGAUGUACACUAGUUGGCAUGCGGUGCCAAAGGAUACUAAAAAGCGCAUGUGGGAAUAUAUCAAUUCCAAAUUUCUAAUUCCAGUAGAAGGAAAGAAGUGGGUGAUGACUGGUCUUCGUGAUGCUUGGAGGUGACACAAGCAAAAAAUUAAAGAGAAAUUUUUUGAUAAAAACAGUACCCUUGAGGAUAUGCUAGCAAAACGUCCUGAUGGCAUUCCAGAUAAUCAAUUCCGCCAGUUGAUCGAGUAUUGGAAACACCCAACUGUUCAAGCCAUAUGCGAGAUGAAUUCUCAAAACAGGAAAAAACAAAAGUGGAGGCAUCGAAUGGGACCUAUUAAUUUUGCAAGAGUACGCGUGGCAUUGCGUGCAGCCAAAGACAACAACGAAGAACCAUCAAAGCCUGAAAUGUUUAUUGCAACUCGUACCAAGACGGGAAAGGAAAUCCAGGCUGAUACCCAAGUUGCAAUAGCUGAACUUCAAAAUCGCCAAAAUUCUGGGGAAACAGCUGAUGAUGCAUUUAGGGCAGUGUUUGGAAAGGAGCAGCCUGGUCAACUUAGGUGCUAUGGUAGAUCAGUGACAACAAGUUCUUUGAAGAAAGAUGAGGAAAUUAACAAUCUAAAACAAAAGCAUGCCAAUGAAAUCACUUCUCUAAAGGAAGAAUUGAGAGAAGAAAUGCGACAUUUAUUCACUCAAUUGCUGCAAAACAACCCUGGAUUGAAUUUUCAAGAUAUACCAGGGUGUGUUGGAUCUAACAUUGCUUCACCUAUUGAUGCAAGUAGCGCACAAGCUGUAAGAGGCACAAAUCUUCCACAUUCUUCAGGGUCAGCUCAUGAUUCGGUUCUUCAAAAGUUGUAUGAGUGUUGUAUUGUGUUGAAGGAGGACUCUACUGAUUUUGGGUUGUAG